AUGUGUUUCACGAUGUUUACUCGGCUCGGUCUAUACCUCCUGGCCCUGUUCUCUCCCACCCGUGGCGAUACCAUCCACCACCGAACUUAUUUCUACGUUGGAGGGAACUACUCAAUCACCGACAAUGGCGAGCAUAUUUACACCAAUCAGAUAUAUGUCGAAAAAUUGACGCCCGCACAAGUCACUCAGCCAUAUCCGAUAGUGUUUGUCCAUGGUCAGGCUCAGACAGCGACAAAUUGGUUGAACAAACCAGACGGCCAGCCAGGAUGGGCAUCAUACUUCCUUGACAAGGGCUACGAAUGCUACCUCUUCGAUCAGCCGUUCCGGGGCCGCAGUCCCUGGCAAUCCUUCAGCGAACCACUAGAAACAUACUCGGCCGAACACCUGCAACGAUACUUCACCGCGCCUGAACGGUAUGAGCUGUGGCCACAGGCAUCGCUGCACACCCAGUGGCCUGGGACUGGGGUCAUGCGCGAUCCCAUCUUUGAUUCCUAUUAUGCCAGUGCUGUGCCGUUUGUUAGUGAUAAUGUACUGCAGCAAACUGCCAUGCGCGACGCGGGCGCCGCCUUGCUGGAUCGAAUUGGCCGGCCAGUUAUUCUGAUAGCUCAUUCCCAAGGUGGAACCAUGGCGUGGCUACUGGCCGACCAACGAUCCAAUCUGGUUCACUCGAUUGUCUCCAUCGAGCCUGGUGGUCCCCCGUUCAGCAACGCAAUGUUCGGAAACACUUCUGCUCGAGCAUACGGGCUGACUGACAUCCCGAUUGCGUACUCGCCGCCAGUGUCGGACCCGAGCACAGACUUCUCCACCACUAUUCUUCCGUCCAACUCGUCAAUUCUAGCGGACUGCAUCAUUCAGGCGGAUGAUCCGCCUGCGCGGCAACUGGCGAAACUGAGCAAAAUUCCCGUGCUACUAGUGACGACGGAAGCUUCGUACCAUGCGCAGUAUGACUGGUGCACGGUAAGGUUCUUGCAACAAGCCGGCGUACAGGCAGAGCACAUGCAAUUGUCAGAAAUCGGCAUUCACGGCAAUGGUCAUAUGGUAUUUCUGGAGGAGAACAGUGACGAGGUUGCGGCUGUUAUUCAUGACAGGAUUGGACAGUCCGAUGUGGAUGGGAAAGCUGAGCUUUGA